AUGGGCCGACAGAGGGGGCAACAAGUCGGAGUCCCGUCGCUUCAAGUCGUUGAAUCAGACAUCGACAAUGAACCAGUGACGUCGGUCCAACCUCCCCGUCGUCGUUCCAACCGACCUGGCGCUGGUGCUGGAGGAAGGAAUUCUCAGCUAGAGAAGAUAGGAAAUGCUCUUCAGACUCCGGCCAGAGCACCUGGAAAAUCGAAGGUUCAGAACGUCGUUGUCCCGUUUGAUGAACCUGAAAAUGCGAUGGCUCCGGUGGCAAAGAAGAAGAGGGGAGGAAAAGCUCCUCGGCAGCUUGAGACUCGGAGAAACUUAAGUGCAAUACAGGAGGCAUCCGAGUCAGACCCUAGUGCUGCAGGUCCCACACCUGCUCUACACGUCGCGGAUACGGGAAGGUUUGGUUUGCAGGGUCAUCCAGUUCCCUCAACAUAUGUUGGUUCCAAACCACUCCAGUCCCACCAAACGGAUCCUCAACCUGAUUUAACGAUAUCUCCUGCCCGGCCCUAUGUCCAUGAUCAUGGUACCUCUCAAGGUGCUUCUCGCAGCGUCUCUCGUGGUAUUUCUCGUGGUGCUUCUCAUCGUGGUGCUUCUCGGCGUGGUGCUUCUCGCGGUGCUUCUCGAAGCGUCUCUCACGGCGCCUCUUAUGGCGCUCCUCAUGACCAUCAGGCUGAUGAAAGUAGAAUUCCAGCUGUCCAGCAUCCUGCUGGUGCUCGUAUUGUUCCUCGUAGUGUUUCUCAUUCUGUCGUCAACCAACGCUCGGGCUCAUCUAUUCCUAUUCUCAACACUGCUGUUCAGCGGGAGCCAUCAGCGACCAUGACACCCCACCAUACCGUUGCUCGCACUCCUCCUGCUUUCGGUUCCUCCGUCAGUCAAAAUAUGUCCGUCGUUGAAACUGAAGAAGGUCAUGAAGAGGCGGAUGUUGAAGAGGAUGAAGAUGACGUUGAAGAGGACAUUGAAGAGGACAUUGAGGAGGGUGGAGAUUUUGCAGAAGAUGAUGGCGUUGAUAACGAGCUUGAGGGUGGAGAUUUUGCGCAAGACGAUGAUGCCGAUGAGAUUAUGGAGCACGAGGAGGAUUUUUACGGGAGUGACACCGUCAUGCACCCCCCACAUCACGGUGAUCAAACCUAUCGUGGCAGCAAGCAAGCAAGACACCCUACACAAGCACCUGAUCAUAGCGUGUAUUCACAGGAUGAGGAUGAGGAUGGCGCGGGAGUGGCUGGCACGGACCGUCAUGAUCAGAAUAACCGCACCACUAGCAGGACGGCGCCAAAGCGAUCGGGUCUACAGAGUACUAACAAACAAGUUCCGAGUCUUUUGAACGCUCCCAUAGUCCCAAAUAUCGAUUAUGAUAUCCUCCAGGCUCACCACACGAAAAAUCGUCGACCACGUUCUCCGUCCCCUACGUAUUUGAGCAGUGCACGGAACCACCACCUGAAGACCAAGCGUGCUCGCACAAGAAACUCCCAGUCAAGCGAUGACCGUGACUCUGACCAGCAGGACAACUUGGAGGAUCUCAAUGAGGUCGAUAUCGAUAGUGGGAGGCGCCACCGCACCAAGAAAGCGAAGGGUGCUGCUACCAAUCGUGAUGCAACUAAUGUUGGGUUCUACCCAUCACUCUGGCAAAAACUCCUUGACCGCGCGAAGGCUAAUUUCAGGCUCUAUAUCGCUACUUCAGUCCCAUUCCCCGACAAAGAAGAAUCCAUUGGUGGUACCGGAGUCUGUGGUGAAGUGAUCGCGGAAGCGAUCGUACAGUGGCAAGAACAGAAAUGCAAACUCGAGAAAGGCUACUACCCUGAGUUCAAAACGGGGAUGGCUACCGUGGUCUUUAACGAUGCCGCAACAUUCCGCAGCAAGAUCAAACAGAUUGUACUUACUGUCGUUCCGAUGGUAUAUGAACUCGCCCUCGGCAUCAACGGGAAUACAACUGAUAGCGUCAAACUCAAGGCAACCGCUUUGCUGAAGAAAGCAAUAUAUUUGCGUGGCGAGCCUGAUUCUGAGGGUCGUGCAUCUAACUUUGCAAACGACGCAGUUCGCAUCGUUUGCCAUAAGUCGUUUUAUGACAAUGGAUCCAAAUCGCUAAAGCAUUUCGCCGAGUUUCAGAAGACCAUCCCACCCGCAGCGCUCUUCCUCGUUGGGACUAUUAUUCGCAACGUCAUCUUCAUCUACAGUAAAUAUGGCCAGGUAAGUCGCACCAAGCAGACGCCUAUCGAGGAUUCAGAGACUUCAUACGAUCGCAUUUCUACGCUGUUCAACCGCACGAACAAAGACGCGUAUCACGGGCCGAAACUUCGUCAAAUGCUCAAAGCUUGGGCAUUGGAAGGCAUGAAUGUACAUGGCGCCGGCCUUGGUGAUGACGAAGGUGAUGACAGCUCAGAGUGGGAUGUUGAUCUCGCGUAG